CAGGAAGCCGAUCCUCCGCCGCUUUCGCUUUUUUCCCCCACUUCCUUGCGGCGGCCAUGGCCCGCGCCUUGGCGUGCCUGCGAGUAACCCUGCCCUCUUGGCCGGCGGCUGCCGCGCGCCUGCUGCGGAACUGCUGGGACCGCAUGGAGGGUACGCUUCCCUCGGGCCUGUCAGCCGGCUUCCAGGGCCCUUCCUGGGGCCCGGCGCUGGCUGUGCAGGGUCCGGCCAUGCUCUCUGGGGCCCUGGCAGACCCCAGCCAUGGCGGGGAGCCUCCUGCCUUUCUGGAUGGUGUGUUCUGGAUGGCAGCCCCCAAGAACCGGCGCACCAUCGAAGUGAAUCGGUGUCGGAGGCGAUGCCUCCAGAAGCAGCUGAAAACAAAGAACAACAUUGACGUGUGCCCAGAAUGUGGCCAUCUGAAGCUCAAGCACGUCCUGUGUGGCUACUGCUACAGCAAGGUCCGUGCCGAGACCGUGCAGAUCAGGAGGCAGAUAGGGGUGCAGGAGGGGGGCCCUCUGAGGGCCCCCGCCGUGGAGACGGUGGUCCUGUACCGCGGGGAGAGUCCUGAGGAGGAGGAUCGAGGCAAGAGGAUCAUCGAACGGGACAGGAAGCGGCCAUCCUGGUUCUUCAGGGGCUGACAGUGCCUCCAUCCAGCACGACUCUGGGAACGCCGACUCGGGCUUCUUGGGGGUUCCAGGCCCAUCCCUGGCUUCUCCACCCCUCGGGAUGGGCCUCAGGAACAGCUCAAGGAUCAGCCUCGGAUGCCAGAUUGACCGUGUCUGAGCCCAGAACUGGGGACGCAGCCUCCGGCCGGGCUCUUCCCAUUCAGAGAGUCAGACGUUGGGGGUGGGUGGGGCAGGGGGUGUUUAUUGGGGGAUUAUUAAAUUAAUGUAAGGUGGGGAAAUUUGAAUUUUGUUCAGAAUUUUCAUUUGGAGCUUCUAUUCCUCACAGACAAUAAAGCCCAAGUUUCCCCCAAGGGGCGAUACCAUGA